UUUCGAUGUGACUCACUGCGGUCGAAACACCGACUGCACCGUCGGCCAUUUUAUUCGCGUUCUCGUUCAUUUGAACGUGAUUUGCUCGUGGUUGUUCAACAGCUAUUGAUCGCACUUUUCAUUUCUCAAUUAUUGUUUGUUCUUUGACCAUCGUUUUUGUAACUCUCUUACCGUUUUCGUCCGCGUUAUGCGGUAAAUCGUUUUCUAGUGUUGUAACGACAUUACGGUGUUCCGCAGAAACUAGUGAUUGAUAAUUAUUAUUCAAAAUGAGCUACAGCAGACCACCGCCGAGGAUCGAAGGUAUGGUGUCGCUGAAAGUUGACAAUCUCACCUAUAGGACGACACCCGAAGACCUUAGGAGAGUUUUCGAGAGAUGCGGUGAAGUUGGAGACAUUUACAUUCCCCGAGACCGGUUCACGCGGGAAAGCAGAGGAUUUGCUUUUGUCAGGUUCUACGAUAAACGCGAUGCUGAAGAUGCAUUAGAUGCCAUGGAUGGUCGUAUGUUGGAUGGUAGAGAAUUACGUGUUCAAAUGGCUCGUUAUGGUCGUCCUACUUCACCGUAUAGGAGACGUCGCAGAAGGUCUCGUUCGCCUAGACGUCGUUCAUAUUCUAGAUCCCGGUCUCGUGGACGUCGUUCACGUUCUUAUUCUCGAUCACGAUCACGUUCUCGUUCUGGUAGUUCAAGAGGACAUUCAAAGUCAGCCAGUCGGUCAAGAUCAUAAGGUGUGGAUUUUUUUCAAUUAUUUGUGGCAAAAACAAUUUUAGGUUAAACUACUGCAAACAACCAUUUUAUCUACCAUCAUAAUUUUAAAAAUAUUUCAUGACUUAUUAAUCUCUGGAAUAUUUAAUUUCAUUAAAUAUAUAAUCAUACA